AUGGUACUUAUGACUCUGUGGUGUGGACAAAAUAUCAUCACAUUCUACUUCUCAAGCAUCUUGAAUAGUGUUGGGGUCACGGCUACCACUGCACAAACUGGUAUCAAUGGCGGCCUCAACAUUAUCAACUUGAUCUCCUCGAUCAUCGGCGCUAUCCUUGCUGAUCGUAUUGGACGGCGUAAGCUUUGGCUUACAUCUUACAUCGGUAUGAUCGUCAUCUUUGUGCCCUUCAUUGCUCUUAGUGCAGUAUAUGCAACUAAGGGCAGCCCCAAUGAAGGCUACACAACGGAGAUCAUGCCCUUCUACAUGCGGUCUCGAGGAUUGGCGAUCAAAAACUUCGUUGGACAGAUUGCCUUGAUCAUCAAUAUGUAUGUGAAUCCGAUUGCCUUGGCAGCCAUCGGCUACUAUUACUAUAUUGUAUUCUUGGCACUGAACUGCAUGUGGCUGGUACUUAUAUAUCUCUUCUUUCCGGAGACAAAGGGCUACUCCCUCGAAGAAUUAUCCAUGCUCUUUGACAGUGGUGAUAGCGUCGUGGUCCUCGACGGCAAAGACGGUGGCGUUAAUGUUGUGGUCCAGGAUGCAAAGGCUAUCGAUUCAAAGGCUUAG